ACUCCCACGCGCUCUCUCCCUCUUCAGCAGGAAGAAGCCUUUUACCGAUUCAGCAAACCGAGAAGGUAUAUAAACGCAAACACUUCACAAAACGUACGAUCAAAGCUUCUUCUCCUCUCUCUCUCUUUCAAAGUUUGAAAUGGAAUAAAAUAAAAAAAACUCCGGGCGAUGUCGACGUCACAAACUCUCGGCGGCGCCACACGCUGCGGCCGCGUGAUAGGCCCGUCUCUAGACAAGAUCAUCAAGAACGCUGCGUGGCGCAAGCACACGUACCUCGUCUCCUCCUGCAAAUCCGUCCUCGACAAACUCGAAUCCCUCCCCGACGACUUCCACGAUCCCUCCUCCGCCGUCGCCGGCCUCUCCUCCCCCGACGCGGACGCCGUCCUCCAGCCAUUCCUCUUCUCCCUCGACACCGCGUACUCGAAAGUCGUCGAGCCGGCUCUCGACUGCGCCUUCAAGCUCUUCUCCCUCUCCGUCAUCCGCGGCGAGAUCCAGUCUUCCAAACAAGACUCCGUCCUCUUCAAGCUCGUCAACGCCGUCUCCAAGGUCGGCGCCAUGGCGGAGGAGCCGAUCCAGCUCGCCGUCCUCCGCGUCCUCCUCGCGGCCGUCAGAUCUCCCUGCGUCUUGAUCCGUGGAGACUGUUUGCUCCACGUGGUCAAGACGUGCUACAACAUCUACCUAGGCGGGUUGAGCGGGACGACGCAGAUCUGCGCCAAGUCCGUGCUGGCGCAGAUGAUGCUCGUGAUCUUCACCAGAUCAGAGGAGGACUCGCUUGCUGACGUGGCGGUCAAGACUGUGUACGUGAACGAGCUGUUGGCGUUCACGGACAAGAGCGUCAACGAAGGCAGCUCUGUUUAUUUUUGCCAAGGGUUUGUUAACGAGGUGAUGGCUGCGGGGCAAGGGAGCCCUCUUCCUCCUCCUGAUGUGAUUCAGAUUCUGCUCCAGAACCCGGAGACGGAGACCGUUAUGACUCCUGACUCGCCGUCGUUUCGUGGCUACGAGAAAAACGGUGAAGCUGAUUCUUUGACCGGUGACAUGAGCAAGAUGAGACAGGACGCUUUCCUUCUGUUCAAGAACUUGUGUAAGUUGUCGAUGAGGUUUUCCUCGCAGGAGAAGAAUGAUGAUCAGAUCAUGGUGAGGGGUAAGACGUUGUCUCUUGAGUUGCUUAAGGUCAUUAUCGACAAUGGUGGUCCUGUUUGGCGGUCUAAUGAAAGCUUCAUUAGUGCUGUUAAGCAAUACUUAUGCUUAUCACUACUAAAGAACAGUGCAGUUUCAAUCAUGUCCAUCUUUCAGUUGCAAUGUGCUAUCUUCAUGAGCUUAUUAUCAAAGCUUAGAUCAGUCUUGAAAGCGGAAAUCGGCAUUUUCUUUCCGAUGAUCGUCCUCUGUGUGCUAGAGAACGUUCUCCAGCCUAGCUUCCUUCAGAAGAUGACUGUUCUCAACUUGCUGGAGAAAAUGUCUCAAGAUCCGCAGUUGAUUGUCGAUAUCUUUGUGAACUAUGACUGCGAUGUAGACUCCUCUAACAUACUAGAAAGGAUUGUCAACGGUCUUCUGAAAACCGCUCUAGGACCACCGACCGGUUCAUCAACAACGCUGUCUCCAGCACAGGAUAGUACGUUUAGGAAUGAAUCUGUGAAAAUUUUGGUUAACGUAGUCAAGGCAAUGGGAAGUUGGAUGGAUCAGCAGUUGAAAGUGGAUGAGACGGUUUGGCCUAAGGGCUCACAGAUAUAUGCUUCUAUGGAUAGUAAUGCAAGCCAGAUUGGUGAAGAAGACUGUGAUACACAGCCAGAUACUAAUCCUGAAGCGUAUGAUGCUUCUAUGCUUGAGCAGCGAAGAGCUUACAAGAUUGAACUCCAGAAGGGUAUCUCUUUGUUUAAUAGGAAGCCUUCUAAAGGUAUUGAGUUUCUCAUAAGCAGCAAGAAAAUAGGCAACUCUCCUGAGGAAGUGGCUUCGUUUCUGAUGAAGACAGCAGGGCUGAAUGGAACUGUGAUUGGUGAUUAUCUUGGUGAAAGGGAGGAGCUUCCACUCAAAGUUAUGCAUGCAUAUGUGGACUCGUUUAACUUCCAAGGGAAGGAUUUUGUUGAAGCUAUAAGGUUCUUUCUACGCGGCUUUAGGCUACCAGGAGAAGCGCAGAAGAUCGACCGAAUCAUGGAGAAAUUUGCAGAACAUUACUGGAAAUGCAACCCUGGUUCUUUCACCAGUGCAGACACUGCUUACGUUCUUGCAUAUUCUGUGAUUAUGCUCAACACAGAUGCACACAACAACAUGGUUAAGGAUAAGAUGUCCAAAGCUGAUUUUGUCCGCAAUAACCGGGGAAUAGAUGAUGGCAAGGACCUACCUGAAGAGUAUCUAGGCUCUCUCUAUGAUCGAGUUGUGAAAGACGAGAUUAAGAUGAACUCAGAUACUUUAGCCCCACAAAGUAAACAGGUGAAUGGCUUGAAUAAGCUACUGGGCUUAGACGGCAUCCUCAAUCUGGUUUCUUGGAUGCAACCAGAUGAGAAAGCGCAUGGUGCCAACAGGGUUCUUAUAAGAGAUAUCCAGGAACAGUUCCAAGCUAAGUCAGAGAAAUCAGAGUCAGCUUAUCAUAGUGUUACAGAUGUCUCCAUCUUGAGGUUUAUACUCGAGGUCUCAUGGGGACCGAUGCUUGCUGCAUUCAGUGUCACUCUUGACCAGAGUGAUGAUAGACUAGCAACUUCUCUGUGCUUACAAGGCUUCCGAUACGCGGUGCACGUCACUGCAGUUAUGGGAAUGCAAACUCAGAGAGAUGCUUUUGUCACUUCCAUGGCCAAGUUCACUAAUCUUCAUUGUGCUGCUGAUAUGAAGCAGAAAAAUGUUGAUGCUGUAAAGGCGAUAAUAACAAUAGCUAUAGAAGAUGGUAACCAUCUACAAGGAUCUUGGGAACAUAUUUUAACUUGCCUUUCACGUAUUGAACAUCUGCAACUCUUGGGAGAAGGAUCAUCACAUGCAGAUACACGUUACAUCCCUACAACAAAAGCUGAAGUAGAUGAAAAGAAGGCUUUAGGCUUUCCACAUUUAAAGAAACGUGGCGCUCUUCAGAAUCCAUCUGUGAUGGCUGUUGUCAGGGGAGGUUCUUAUGAUAGUACUUCACUUGUGAAAACCGUUCCCAAAUUAGUAACACCGGAGCAGAUCAAGAACUUCAUUGCCAAUUUGAAUCUAUUGGAUCAAAUAGGCAAUUUUGAGUUGAACCAUGUCUAUGCUAAUAGCCAGAGGUUGAACAGUGAAGCUAUAGUUGCUUUCGUUAAGGCGCUUUGUAAAGUCUCCAUGUCGGAGCUUCAAUCACCAGCAGAUCCUCGUGUGUUUAGCCUCACGAAACUAGUGGAGACAGCGCAUUAUAACAUGAACCGGAUCCGGUUAGUUUGGUCUCGCAUAUGGAACGUUCUCUCUGACUUCUUUGUAUCAGUAGGCUUAUCAGAGAAUCUCUCAGUUGCAAUAUUUGUAAUGGACUCGCUUCGUCAGCUUUCCAUGAAGUUCCUGGAGCGUGAGGAGCUAGCAAACUACCAUUUUCAGCAUGAGUUUCUCCGACCAUUCGUUGUUGUCAUGCAGAACAGCAGCUCCGCAGAGAUUAGAGAGCUUAUAGUCCGUUGUGUUUCUCAAAUGGUUCUCAGUAGAGUUAGUAAUGUGCAAUCUGGUUGGAAAAGUGUCUUCACUGUUUUCACAACUGCUGCGAUUGAUGAGAGGAAGAACAUUGUGCUGUUGGCUUUUGAGACUAUAGAGAAGAUUGUGAGGGAUCAUUUUCAUUGCAUAACCGAGACUGAGAUAUCGGUAUACGCUGAUUGCAUCAGAUGUCUUAUCACCUUCACCAACAGCAAGUUUGAAGGCGACAUUGGUUUCAACACCAUAGAGUUUCUUCGUUUUUGCGCUGUGAAGCUUGCAGAAGGAGGACUCUUCUUGAACGAGAAGCUGAAGAACGAUAACAUCUCAGCUUUAAAGGAAGAUUCGUCUGAUGGACAGAGUGUUACUGACCUUGAUGAACAAGUUUCUUAUUGGGUUCCUCUGCUUUCAGGUUUAUCCAAGCAAGCCUCAGAUCCAAGACCAGCAAUUAGAAAGCGUUCCAUAGAAGUACUCUUCAACAUUCUGAUGGAUCAUGGUCACCUUUUCACAAGACGCUUUUGGGCAGCAAUCUUCUGCUCAAUCAUCCUCCCAGUCUUCAACAACAUGCGUAGUAAAACCGAUAUGCUCUUCGAAGAAAGCAGCAGCGGCGACUCGCCAUCCUCAGCUUCUCUAGACACCGAAGAAACUACAUGGGACGCUGAGACAUCAACACUUGCGCUACAGCAUCUUGUUGAUCUACUCGCCAACUUCUUCAGCUCAGUGAGGUCUCAGCUUUCGAGCGUUGUGUCAAUCAUUCUAGGGUUUAUAAAGAGUCCUGUUCAAGGCUCAACAGGCUCGGGGAUCUCUGUCUUGCUUCGUUUGGCUGAUGGGUUGGCUCGUAGCGCAUCUGAAGAUGAGUGGACAGAGGUUUUCUUGGCUCUCAAGGAAGCAGCCUCGCUUACUUUCGCGGGUUUCAUGAAAGUGUUGAGAACUAUGGAUGAUAUUGAAGAUGUUGAAACGUCUUCUGGUCAAAGCGUAGACAAAGAUGAUCUUGAUGAUGGUAACCUUCACAUUAUGUCUUACGUCGUCUCCAGAACAAAGAAACACAUUGAUGUCUUGUCUCAAAUCGUCGAGGUUGUGAGUGAGUUAUACAGAAGGAACCAAUACUCAUUGCCAGCUUCACACGUGGACAUCCUCGCGGACAUUUUCUCGUGCAUCGCGUCUCACGCUCAGCAGCUAAACACCGACACGGUCCUUCGAAGGAAGUUCAAGAGAGCAUGCUCUGUCCAAAACCUAACACAGCCUCAGCUCCUUAACUUCGAGAACGAGGCUAACAAAUCCUACAUGACCUUCCUACAAGACAUGGUUACUUGCAACCCUGACGUCUCCAAGGAGCUCGAACUCGAGUCUCGUCUAGUCACUGAAUGCUCAAAAGUCGUGAAGAUCUACCUUAACUGCACAGGUCAACACCAACAACAGACAAAACCAAUCCAUUGGAUUCUUCCGAUGGAAUUUGACCGGACAGAAGAGGCGAAGGCUAGGACUUCGUUGCUUGUCUCUUCGCUAGAAGCCUUGUGCUCAUUAGAGGCAGAGUCUCUGAAAAGACACGUGUCGAGCGUCUUCCCUCUGUUGGUAGACCUUGUGAAGACUGAGCAUUGCUCUCCACAAGUUCCGUACGCCCUAAGCAAUGUUUUGAAAUCGUGCAUUGGUCCUAUUAAAUAGGUUAAGUCGCUUGUGGCUUACGUUAUUAAUCCCCUAUGAUCUGUGUUUUUUUUUCUUCCACGAUUAUUUUUGUGUUGGGGGUUGGCUCUCUACCCGAAUAAAUUUUGGACAUAGAUGUUUUAUUUUAUUUUCUUGAAAUGAAGUUUUAAGUUGGACGAUUA